CACACACAGAUAUCUGUGAUUGUUCCUGAACUCUCUCUCUCUCUCAGUGCAUCUGUCGCAUAUGUUUGUACCUGUGCGGCUGUGAUUUUAGCUGGAUCUGGGAUUUAUUCUCCUCUCUUGGAGUAGCUCACACAGCUCUUCUACCCCUUGGUGUCUCCCUCCCCAGACCUGCUGCGAGUCCGGACUAUGCCCCCCUCAGUCAGCUGAGGGAGGGGGCUCUGCACUGCUCAGGCUCCCAUCUGGAGAAGGCUUGGGCUGAAAUCAAAGAGGAGGCGGUCAGGUUAUUCCUGAAGAUGCAAGCUUCAACUGCCUCACCAGUGACCAGCACCGCAGUAACUACAAACACAACCGCUGUCACCAAGUCCAAAGAACAAAUACUCAUCCAGAGUUCUGGAGCUAUGAUUGCUCUCAUUGUCAUUGGCAUCAUUAUCAUUCUCGCCAUUUUACUCAUCAUCCUGAAGACAUACAACAGGCAUACACGUGAAUCCAGACUCCUCGGACCCGGCAGAGGCUCAAAACCUCGGCCGAAGAUGUCACAAUCCACAGUUCAGAGCAACUUACCGCUAACCCAAAUGGGAAUCAGCUCUGUCUCAGGCAGCAUCACCAACUCAAACCCAGCCUCAGAGCACAGCUUCCAGCUGACCAGAGCGGAGCUGAAUGGUGUGGAGGAGAAUCAGAUAGAGCGGAUCAGCACCAACAGUGGAUCCACUGCGGUCACCAUACAUGACAAUCCAUCAGUCGAAAACACAUAGCACCAAGACUUUUGGUUUGGUCUCAAAUCAGGCACUGACUGAUGUGUUGUCACAUGCUGUGCUGACUGAAUCCUGUGGAAUCUCAAUCUGUGAUGUUCUCACUGUUAAAUCCCCACCAGCUGCUAGUGACUACAUGGAUGACACGAGGCCUUUUGGGUGUACAACAAUUCAAAAUAUGAACAAAGCAGCACCAGAAACAGACACAAGGGAUAUGAAGGAUCUGAAAACUGAAACUUCCUUUUGAAGAACUUUGGCUAAAGUCAGUGUUCAUUGCUGUUUGUGCUCUUUGCUGAUGUUCCAGUACUAACGAAGUAAUGAAGUAAUGUGUGGUAUAGACUGUAAUGGCUGGAUAAUAUUGGUCUCGGCUGUGCACAUUUCUCUUUUCAUGAGAACCACAGAUGUUUGUGAGUAAAUGUAGAAUGAGUCUAACUGAAGGCAUAAAAGAGGAUAACUCUUUGUAGUUGUGUAAUGGACACCCGUUAUGACUGAGGAAAUAUGUGAGUUUUGCAGAUUUAUCCUCUUACUGAUCUGGUUAACUUUGCAUCAUUCUUUACUUGUGAGCAGUCACACAUUCACUCAGAUUUGUUUGUGUUUUUUUUUUUUUAAUCUACAAAAUAUCAUUGCGUCCUUUUAAAGUAAAGAGUAAAGAGUAAAGAGAGCUUUGUGAAACCAUCUGUCAGCCUUACUUCCUGAUGUGAAUCACUUUUAAUUUGACACUAAAGUAUUUUGCACUUUAUUCU